AUGGGCAAGGACGUGGAGACGGCGGAGCCGCAGGCCGGUGAGUUCACUGCCAAGGAUUACACGGACCCGCCACCGGCGCCCCUCUUCGACGUCCAGGAGAUCAAGAAGUGGUCGUUCUACCGCGCCCUCAUUGCCGAGUUCGUCGCCACCCUGCUCUUCCUUUACGUGACCGUCCUCACCGUCAUCGGCCACAAAUCCUCGACCGAUGAAACAAAGGUCUCCGCCGCGGAUGCCAACUGCGGCGGCGUCGGUAUCCUCGGAAUCGCCUGGGCCUUCGGUGGCAUGAUCUUCGUCCUCGUCUACUGUACCGCUGGAAUCUCAGGCACGGAGAACCUCCAUCCUUGCGGCUCAUGCUCCGGCUUUUCGUCCUCCGGCAUAUCUGAUCCGCUCGUUUUGUGGUGCAGGGGGGCACAUCAACCCCGCCGUGACGUUCGGGCUGUUCCUGGCGAGGAAGGUUUCCCUUGUGCGGGCCAUCGCAUACAUGGUGGCGCAGUGUCUGGGGGCCAUCUCCGGCGUUGGGCUCGUCAAGGGCUUUCAAAAGGCCUUUUAUAACCGCUACGGAGGCGGUGCCAACGAGCUCGCCGUAGGUUACAACAAGGGAACUGGCCUGGGGGCGGAGAUCAUCGGUACCUUUGUCCUGGUCUACACCGUCUUCUCCGCCACCGAUCCCAAGCGCAACGCCCGCGACUCCCACGUCCCGGUAAUCCCUCUCGUUUCGUUCUACUUCUCCAUCUAUCUCAGCUCAUAUUGCACCGCCGUCGCCUGGUCUCAUGGAGCACUCCCCGAUUGGUGGAGCUGCCGGGGGCGCCGGCGGCUGCGGGGGGGAUAACUUAGGCAGAGGUGAGGGGAUUCGUCUCAUGUCACGUCACAUCACAGUUUCUGCGGUAAGAUAUCGUAGUAGAUUCACCGGGAUGGAGGCUGCCCGCGCCAGCUGUCGGGUGCAGAAGUAGACCCAAGUUGUCCCUCCCGCAUGUGACGUCACCUUCUCCUCCACCCUCCACUCCGCUAUCCUGCUUUCCUCCUCAUCCUUAACCGGGUUAGUAGACUGAUCGAGAAGAUAAGCCGAAUACAAUUAUAAUUAAUGGGUGCAUCGGUGGGGUUCGGCACUCGGAUGACAACGCACAAUCGCUAUCCGUAAUUCCACGUGUAAUAUCUGCACGGCCCCCUCGCCUGCGUUUUCUAUCAAUUUUUUUCCGCAAUUACACAGAAUACUACAACAAAUGUGAUAUUCGACAUUGCUGACGUCGACAUUGCUGCAGGUGCUGGCUCCUCUCCCAAUCGGGUUCGCGGUGUUCAUGGUGCACCUCGCCACCAUCCCCAUCACCGGCACGGGUAUCAACCCCGCCCGGAGCUUCGGAGCCGCCGUCAUCUACAACAACGAGAAGGCCUGGGACGACCAGGUAGGUUUCUCUAUCCUCGCACUCGCUUCGUAGUCCCCUGCCCGUUCAGUCAUACUCAAAACCUCAACGACUGCUUAAAUGGGAUCUAGAAGCCCUAGGCAUCUAGAAGCCGUCGAUUCCCAUCAUCUUCAUCUACCCUCCUGCUGCGCUCGAUAUUACUUCUUCCCCAUGUUCCAGCUCCGUAGUUCUUCUUGGCCCGUGCCUAUCCGCAUGGCGGAAUACGAAGGCUGACCUACCGCAGCCGCCGCUAGCCCUGCUGGAGUCAGCCUUCUUAUUUUAAUAUUAUCCAUGCCGGAAUAUGCUUCGAUUCUAGCUUUGGCAGUACAAGCCAUCCUUGGUGGCUUCUGUCGAUGGCAACGCUUAUGAGCAGGGGUGAGCCCACCACCCCGAUUGGUCAUAUCGUUGAUGUUGAUAACAUUGAUAUCUGCAUAGCUACUUUGUUAAAUAAUUCAUUCCUGGGCUGUUCAUCUUAUCCUUUGGUGGAUUGGUCGUGUGCAGUGGAUCUUUUGGGUUGGGCCUUUCAUUGGUGCAGCAAUCGCCGCCAUCUACCAUCAGUACCUCCUCCGGGCUGGGGCCAUCAAAGCCCUGGGUUCCUUCCGCAGCAAUCCCAACGUCUGA